AUGUACCUCCCACGCGCCCAGAUCGCCCAGCUCUACACUCAUCUUCUACGCAGCAUCCACCCUUCCUCACCUCCGCUGCUAGUCCUCACAGCCUUGAGUGUAGACGCCCUCUGCGGCGUGCGUAUACUCACAGCACUUCUCAAGCGAGACUUCAUUCCGCAUAAAGUGCAGCCGGUAGGCGGCUACUCGGAUCUCCAACGCGUGGGUGAGGAACAGGUGCAAAGGUUGAGGAGAGACAAUGGCGGUGAGGGAGGUGUUGUAGUAUGUGUAGGCUGUGGGGGUGGAGUGGAUUUAGCUGAGAUGCUCGGGCUGGGUGGAGAGGAUGGAGUCGAGGUUUGGGUGGUGGAUUCGCAUCGAGGGUGGAACUUGGAGAAUGUUUUUUCCGUUCCUUCCAAUAGUGAUGGCGGAGAGGAUCUGCGGAGAGUCGGUGUAAAGGAAGGACGCGUUUUGGAAGGUUAUAGAUCGGGCAAGGGCGGCGUUAUUGUGUGGGACGAGGGUGAUGUUGAAACCGAUCUCAGUACUGAGAAGGAAGCAUGGUUUGCUUUGCAGAGUAUGCCUGAGAUUACAGAGGAUGAUCUGUUGGCUAUGGAGAACGGUGGCGAUGCGGAGGAGAAUGACGAGCAAGCAGAAGCGGGCGACGAAGAUGAAGGACUCUCAAGCAGCCAGACACGAAAGCGAAAAGCAUCUUCCCAAGACUCUGACGCCGGAAGUGAAGCAGGAAGCGACGAUGACCGACCACGCCAACGUCGAAGAAGCAAUAGCAGUACACCCAUCCCAUCAUCCCAGCCGACCUCAGCACAACCAACAUUUCCCAUCGAAGCCAUCCCCUCCUCGCCACCCAAGCAACCAUCCCAACGUCAUCUCCGCCGGCAGCUUCUGAAACUCCGCCGAAAACACGAAACCACGAUAGAGAGAUACUAUGACCAAGGAACCUGGACCGGCGAGCCCGUAAGCAGUAUCUUCUACUCCCUCGCCUCUGAAUUAGGCAGGGAAGACAACGAACUCCUCUGGCUCGCUAUCGUGGGUGUGGAGAGUGUGGAGAUGAGUCCCUACACCACGACUGGACCUAGUGCUGGAAGUGGCAGAAGGACACUAAGCAGAAUGGAGCAGAUCAAAUCCGUGCUCCGAGACGAAGUACGCCGUCUCAAUCCCGUCCCCGAGACUGAUCUGCGCCGAAGUCAGCACGUGGGUGAAGGUGACAUUCCUACCUCUGCUAGAAGUCCAACGGAUACUUCAAUCCGCCUGUCACCCGAACCUCGUUUCCUACUCAUCCGCCACUGGAGUCUCUACGACAGCAUGCUCCAUUCACCCUACCUCUCCACCCGACUACAUGUCUGGAACGAGCAGGGUCGAAAACGCCUCAACAAGCUUCUGGCGAAGAUGGGCAUCAGUCUCGCGGAAGCCGGAAAAGGCUACUUGCAUCUUGACGUGGAGGUCAAACGAAGCUUAAGGUCGAAAGUUCUGAAGUUCGCCGAACAGUAUAACCUCGAAGGUCUGGUCCCAGCUAAUGACUCAGGUGGUGUUGGGUGGGAGGGGCGAAGAGGAUGGGGGUUUGUGCGAAGUUGGGGGUGGAGAGGCACGCUCAGUGCGGUGGAUGUCGCGAUCGUGGUGGGAGCUAUCCUUGAAGUCGGCACGUCUGCAGAUGCGAGUGGACAGACGUUGAAUCUAGGACAUCGCGACAGCGGCGCUCCAGACCAGAGCUACAGUCGCCGUGCCGCGCAUCUACCUUCGCCGCCGCACUCCUCAGACUCUGGCAUGGCUGACUCAGACACCAUCGACUCACGAAACGCGAGUGGCCACGAUAUUCCCGACUGGACGACCCGCCGCUUCUUCGCCGCUUACGACGCUCUGUCACCUACCACCACAACCUCAAACAAUAUAAACCACACGCCGCAGGGCCUACCAGCUUUGCUGCACCAGAUCCCUCUCGCACAAAGCCUGGCCAGGGCUAUCCUCCGCACAGGCAGCGCCCUGAUUGCCAAGAAACAGAUCCGACACCUUCGCUCCUUCCGCCUCGGCGUGGUAAAGGAAGGCCCAGACGUCUCCACUUUCACUCACCCAGGUGCGCUGGUCAAACUCGCUGCGUGGGUCUCUGAAGCCGUGGCCGUGCUGGAAGCAGAAAAGGGCGUGAAAGCGAAACCGGCUGAACAGGCGCUGGUACUAGGUGCCUUGGAUGAAGGGAGGGGGGUUUAUAUCGUUGUGGGCUUAGGGGGAGGGGUAGGGGGCGUGGGUGGCAAGGGUUUCAGGACGAAAGCUGAGCAGAGGGCUAGGGAGGAGGGGAAAGUCAGGAAGGCGGAGGAAAGGAAGCGGAAAGGGGUGAGGAAGGCUGAAGUAAGGGAGGAGCGGAGGAGGUUGAGGAGGGAGAGGGACGAAGCGAAUGGUCUACUGAAUUCUGAUGACGAGGACGAGGAGCAUGAAGCGCAGGAUACCGAGUCUGAAGCCUCGUCCUCUGGUUCUGACACCGGUAACGACUCCGACACGGACUCGGACUCAGCAUCCGACAACGAAGACCCCCAGCAAAUUUCCGCCAAGCGAAAACGAGGCGGCAGGAACAAAUUCGGUCAAGCUUUUCAGUCGGUUAUUGCGGAGACUGGGGCCAGGGUCAGGAUAGAUAGUUUUGAGCACUGUGUUGUUGAGGUGCGGAAGGAAGAUUUGUCGGGGUUUUUGGAGGGGUUGAGUUUGAAGGGUGUGGUGGGUUAA